GUUAAAGUUACACACAGGUGUUCAGAACAUGCUAGAUAGCUAAUUAGCACAGGUGGUCUCCUCUUUUUCCGUAAACAAGCUUUGUAACAUGGAGAUAUGGCCGUGUGGGAACACUAACCCUAUCAAGGUUCCUUUGUUAAAUGAUGUUCCCCUUCACUACUUGAAGCACAACAGCCUUGUGAAAUUCCGUUGUUUGGUCCAAGACAUUUUUGAUCCAGAGUUCUACAUGGGAGUGUAUGAGACUGUUGACCCCUCACCCAAGGCCAAUGUCUAUGAGGACUUGGACAGCUUCAUAUUGAACGACACCCUGGAGGUUUUUGUGAUUCUCUCCAUCAACCCACACAGAGCUCCCGCCGUUGCUGCUAGACCCCACAGACUAUGGCGACUCCAGAGGAACAGAGAGCCCACAACUUUCUGAAUGCACUGUAUUACUCCAUAUCUGUAGCGUAUAGUGAGUACCCCCACUAGGGAUGGGCACGGUUAUUUGAGUGGAAGUUAGUAUUCAAUUACUUGCAAGAGUGUUAAUUGUUGAGAAGAGAAAACAUCUUAAAAACAAUAUGUAACAUUGCUACAAAGCCGACAAGGAUAAACCAUUACAUUAGACAGUUAUGAGUUCGCCCCAUAGAAAUACGUACCCGUAGCCUAGUACUUGUAGUAGGCUACAAUGAUCAACCAGCAGGUAGGGUGUUUCAUAUGAACAGGGUUGUUGUAGACAAGGACGGGGAGCGCAGCAAAUUAGCCUUGCUACUCUAGCUAGCUGGCUAACGUUUUCGUGUAAGUUCUCAUGUAAGGAAUAAAAGUACAAUGUGUUUACAUCGCAUUUUCAACUCUACUAGUUGUCACAAAAACGGUUAAUUUAAAGGGCAAAUGUGACUACUCUGGUCUUGGCUAGUGUGCUCUAGCCAACAGCUCGCAGAUACAGUAUUGGUAAACUGUGCGGGUAGACUAGUCUACUUGAGAUUAUUAUGGAUAAUACACUGCUCAAAAAA